GACCGUUGGCUGUCAGCGAGCGCACGUGUUUUUUUUUUCAAUUUGUUUUGUUCAUCAUUUUCGUAACUUUUAUCAAACAGGCAGUGUGCUUCAUUGUAAUUUCAUCUAAUUUUCCCGAAAAUACGUUCAAAUAAGUGUAUUAACUAUGAAAAUAAGACCGCAGAAACACGUUCGGCUGGGAUUCUCCGGAAAAUCUAAGCAACAACGCCGGUCGAACCAGCCGAAAACGCGCAAGGAGAUCCGGAAGGAAAAGCGCCAACAGAAGAAAAUCAAUCGGUUUAACUACCACAGUCGGAAGCGGAAGGAUCGUUUCCCCCAGGAGGAAGACCUUCAGGCGGAGAAGCGAAAACGCGAUGCGGACAGUGAGGACGAGGAGUUCGAUGAUGAGGAAAUCGAGUCCGACUUUGAGGACGAUGUGCAAGAAACAACGGCGAAAGUGAAAAAGGGCGGCGGUGGCGGGCAAGCUUUGAGCCAGAUGGAAAAGGAACGCCAAGAGGAGUUGCGAGAGCUGAAGAGCUACGAGCAAGGGUUGAAGGAGAAGCGAAUCGAACAGCUGGAAGCGGCAAACGAGGAGGAUGACCUGAUUAUCAAAAAGUACGAGAAACUGCUGAAAAUCAACAGGCGGAAGAACAAGCAGGGGGUGCCGAAGAGUUUCAACGAUGGGUUGGAUUAUGCGCUAGAACUGUGCACGGAGGAUAACAUCAAGAAGAUGUAUGAAGCUGCCAAGGAGGCAGCCGAUAUGGAUGAACACUCGGAGGACGAAUUUGCCGAUGAUGUGCAGGAGGUGCUGGGAAGGAAGCCUAAGGAUGGGAAGGAAGGUGGUAAGGACAGUGGUUCCAAAAAGGGAAAAAAGUCGCGACAGGAGAAGGAACGGAAACGAAUGGAGAAGUUAAAGGAGGUCGAGAAAAAGUAUCUCGGAGAUGACGACUUGGACAGUUUAGCAGGAUACGACUCAGAGAUGGAAAUAGAGGUGGAUGAAAAUCAGGAGGAUGAUUAUUCAGAUAACGACGAGCUGUAUGAUUCAGAUGAGAACGAGGAGAUGAGUGAAGAUAUGCCUGAUGAGGAAGACGACGAAGAAGAGGAACCGGUCGAAAAGAAAUCAAAAACCAAGAAGGUAACUUUUCAGCAAGAAGAUAAAUCAUCCAAACCAAACAAAAAGAAAGACAAGCAGAAGAAACGUGAGCCUGAAUCAGAACCAGAAGAGGAUUCCGAGUUUGAUGAGGAUGUGUUUGGCGGAGAUGACAGCGAAGAUGAUGGUUUGGACGAUUUAUUGAAAGGAGUUGAUUCAGAUGGCGACGCGGAAAAUGUAAGUGAACAAGACGACAAAGAGCUAGAAGCCGAUGAAAAAGACAAAGGGAAGCCGGAAGUUUGGGAAGACAUCUAUGGCCGAAAACGAGAUAGGAGUGGUAAUGUAAUCAAAGAAGAUACCGUGAGUGGGAAGUACGUUCCUCCUCAUCUAAGAGCUCGCAUGGAAGCUGAAAGUGGCGGUGAUGCGAAACGUCAAGAGAAGCUGAUGAGGCUGAAACGGCAGCUCAAGGGUCAAGUAAAUCGACUGGCAGAAACGAACGUUCACAGAAUUUCCAUCGAGCUGGACAACUUGUACAUGCAAAAUGCUCGGUUCGAUAUGAACAACACCCUGACGACGCUGAUACUGGAAGCGAUAGUGUCCACUAGCUUAUCGCCGGAAAGAAUGGUAUUGGAGCACACUUUGUUGGUUACGAUUCUUCAUGCGAACGUCGGUUCCGAAGUGGGUUCUCACUUCCUAGAAACGGUCGUCGAUCGAUUCAACGCACUGAUCAAGCAAAUCGACGCCUUCGAUGUCGAGGAUAAGACCCUGGACAAUUGCGUCCUAAUCCUGUGCCACUUGUACACGUUCCAAAUUUUCAAGAACAAGCUGAUUUACGACGUCAUCGAUCAGCUGCUGGGAAAGUUCAACGAGAAGGCGGUGGAAUGCAUUCUGUUGGUGUUGCGAUCCAUCGGGUUUGUGCUGCGGAAGGAUGACCCGCUGGCGCUGAAGGAAAUGAUCCAGAAGGUGCAGAAGAAGGCUGCCGAAGCCCCGGCUGAGUUGAAGAAUGACUCACGUGUAAAGUUCAUGUUGGAUACGCUGCUGGCAGUCAAAAACAACAACAUGAACAAGAUCCCUCAGUACGACCCUACCUUGGUGGAACAUUUCCGCAAGAUAUUGAAGGGCAUGAUCACAAGUGGAAAAUACGUUAGCACGUUGAACAUCGGAUUGGAUGAUCUGCUGAACGUAGACGAGCGAGGCAAAUGGUGGUUGGUUGGAUCGGCCUGGCAUGGUAAGAAUGAUGGUAAAGAUACUGAAGCUGGAAAAAGCUCAACCGGCGGCAGCGCUGGUGGAUUCAGUCAGCAAUUGUUAGAACUGGCCCGGAAACAACGAAUGAACACCGACGAUAAGCGGAAUGUGUUCUGCGCCAUUAUGAGCGCAGAGGAUUAUCUGGACGCAUUCGAUAAAAUCCUUCGUCUGUCCAUCAAGGACCAACGGGUGGUGGCCACAGUCAUACUGCACUGCUGCCUAUCGGAAAAGGACUACAACCCUUAUUACAGUAUACUUUCGCAGAAAUUCUGCGAAUACGAUCGUCGCUAUCAGUUGGCCAUCCAGUAUGCCAUCUGGGAUCGCCUGAAGGAAAUUCACUCGCUGAAGCAAGCGCCAUCCCGCAAUAUAGCCAAGCUACUAACCCACUUGAUCAGUGAAGGAGGCCUGGCUGUGUCCGUGCUGAAGGUGAUCGAAUUUGCCGAAAUCGAUAAGAUUACUCUGCGAGUGGUACGGCAGAUCAUGCUGGGCAUUCUGCUGUUGGAGGACGAAAACAAGUGUCUGCAGGUGUUCAACCGCAUUGCUCCGAGCUUCAAACUAAAGGGUUUCAAAGACAGUUUGCGGCUGUUUUUGCACCAUUUUCUGCUGAAGGGAAGCGACAAGUCGAGCGUUCCGGAGGAGCAACUGCAACUGUUGCAGCAGCGAAUUCGAAUGGCCGACCGGAUGCUGGACACGUCGGACUCGCGGGUGCAGUUCUAGGUGUGGUAGAUAGAUUGUGUAAGUACCAAGUAUGUAAUACAUAUGAAUUUUAAUGAGAA